AUGUUUGGUCGAUUCUCCCGAUGGUAUCUGAACAUGUUAGAGACGAGACCCAUUCUCACCAAAUCCAUCUCCUCGUCCAUACUGGUCGGAUUGGGAGAUGUACUCACUCAAACCCUCGAACACAACCACCAGCAUCAUCAUCCUUCUUCUUCUUCAUCAUCAUCCACAACAGGUUUCACCUUGGAUUGGGUGAGAACAUUGAAAAUGGCCAGUUUUGGUAUCAUUAUGAUUGGGCCAACUCUUCACUUGUGGUACAAAUUCUUGGAUCGUUUUGUGGCUAAAAAGUAUCCUGUCGGAUAUGUUCUCUCCAACACGGAAAGAACUCUCAAUGCAGCAAGACAAAUGCUGGUGGAUCAAACAUUAUUUGCUCCUUUUGCCUUAUUUCAGUUUUUAGCUUAUAUGGGUGCUAUUGAAGGUAAAAGCUUUGAUUCCAUUGCUGAAAAGAUGAAACAUGAUAUGUGGCCAACAUUGGUGGUAAAUUGGUAUAUUUGGCCAGCUGCUCAAAUGUUGAAUUUCACUUUGGUACCGUUGCAAUAUAGAGUAUUGUUUGUGAAUAGCGUUGCAAUCUUAUGGAAUGCUUAUUUGAGUCAUGUACAGCAUAAAGAUUUAGAGAAAUAG